CAGUUACCCUCGAGGCCGGAUAUUCCUAUCUGCACCUACAACCAGUGAAAGAAUCUUAUAAUAUCGAAGUUCAAAGUUGCUGUAGGCAAUGGAAAGUGAUUUAAGCACACAACUGAUAAAACCAGCAAGGGAUUAAAGUCAUCUAAUGUGAUAGUGCAUGGAGCGCUGAAGUGCCGUCCUUUUUAUAACUACUCAACAUUUUUAUGGCAAUAUGAAUAUAUACAUGUACUUUUAUGCAGAGAUGUCUUCAUUUACACAGAAAUAGAAAUAUCUUGUGCUGCAAGACCUCUUGACUUGAAAGUCAUUCAGACAUGAGUAACAAUAUAUCAUAGAAUCAGAAUGGCAUCAAGAGAAUCUCUACAAAGCAGAAUUCUGGCAGUAUCUGCUUUGUCUGUAGGAUUCAGCCUCGUCAAUUCAGCUUUUAGUUUCUACUAUGUAAAAGUAUUUCUGAACUUCUAUCAUAUAGAGGAAAGCUGGUUUCAACUUUCUCAGACAUUGUUUCUUAUAUGGAACGCCAUCAACGACCCUCUGUUUGCUUACUUUCAAGACAGCACGAAUUUUCGUUGUUCCAGAACUCGACGUGAAAGUGUUCUUUACGCAGCUCCACUGUUUGCUUUGUCAUUUCUAGUGCCAUGGUUUCCGUGGGGAGACCCAGAAAGUGUACAACCAUGGGUUACAGGAAUUCAUCUUAUUACAGCUUUAUGUUUCUGGGACACUAUGUUUACAUAUGUUGGAUUGGCAUAUUGUUGUCUUUUUACUGAAAUGACAAAGGAUAUUUCAGAAAGAUACAAGAUGGUGAGAUACACACAAAUAGGUAAUUUACUAGGAUCGUCAAGUGUAUUCAUUCUACAAUAUAUGUCAAGUCAGUUAGAAGAUUUCCAGGCAUUUCAAGCAACGAGUAUUGGAGUUGCUGUCAUCAGCUGUAUAUUCAUGAUGUAUUGUGGGAAACAUGCACAUACGGAAAGAGAUCUACAACACGAGAGUGACAUGCAAUGUGGGAAACCAAGAGUUACUAAAUUUCAAGAGUACCCUUACUUUACACUUUCUAAACAGAUUCUUUUCAACAGAGAUUUUCUUGCCUUUGUGAUAAUGAACUUUUUCCAGGAAUUUCAUCGUACAUUUAUAUCAAACUUUUUCGCCAUAUUUGCUGAUCAGCUGAUUGCAAAAGGAGCCAUUCCAGCUUUUGUGAGAAGCGUAUUUUAUGGGGCCAGUACUACAGGUGCAAAGUUGACAGUGAUAUUUGCGGCUGGUGUUGUAAGUCGAUUAGGUUAUUUUAAGGUGAUACGUUACAGUCAGAUCAUUAUUAUGUUCUGCGGGUUGUUUUAUUUCAUGAUGGGGCCUGUCAACCACUGGUGUUUGAUGCUGUUUAUGCUAUUAGACUGUUGCCUUGUGGAUUCUGUCUAUUCGUUGUUUAAUCUUGCCCUAUCGGAUGUUGCGGACAAUGACGUCAUUCGUUACAACAGAAGACAUCCGGCGACGUCAAUGGUUUAUGGUAUGAAUGCUCUAGUUGUGAAACCAGCUAUAUCAUUGUCUCCAAUGUUAGUGGUCAGUAUUCUAAACUCGUAUGGGUAUGAUCGUCUCAAAGAUGGAAAACUGGACGCUGUUGAGAUAGAAGGAUUAAACAGCAUUAUGUUCAAAUUGUUGUGUUUAUUUCCAUGUAUAAUCGGAUGUGUUCAGUUCUGUUCAUGGUCAUUUUACACAAUCAGGGAAAAGAAAAGUUUUGAUAUGACUUUAUAUGUUGGAGUUGGGGAGGAUUCGGUGUAGAGAAUUUUAUUUAAGCUUUUAAUUUUAAAUUCUUAUAUAAUAAUGUAUUUUAUUUUUUCAUCUGGUAUUGUGGCUUGACUUGUGAAAGUUUGAUAAUAUAUUACUAUUUAAAGGAAAUAAACUGUUAAGAAAAUUUAA